AGAGAGAAAGAAAAAAAGUGCCUGAAGAAAAAGGCUGAAACUCCAAGGAAGGAAGGAGAGAGACUACACAAAAUAUUCACUUUACUGAGUCGUUGCGCCUUGCCGUCUCUCAAGUUCUCAACCCACUCCUCAAUCUCUGUUCCCAUUCUCGAAUUCUCAAGAGACAACAGUUCGUUGUUAAGAAAAUUGAGGGGCGGAAAAGGGAGGGAUUUCGGGGAAGAAAAGUUCUCAGCUUUGGCCAAUUAAGGAAAACUUUUAGGAGGUUUCUGUUUUAGAGUUAGCAGGAUUCUGAAGAUGAGUGACAAUUUGAUGGAGAAAGUGAGUGCUUUUGGCGAACGCCUCAAGAUCGAAGGGUCUGAGGUCGGUCGAAAGAUGAGCGCUGGCUUGAGCUCAGUGAGCUUCAAGGUGAAGGAGCUCUUCCAAGGCCCAAACCAAGCAGAUAAGAUCGUCGAAGAUGCCACAUCAGAGGCGCUUGAUGAGCCUGACUGGGCUAUGAAUCUUGAUAUUUGUGACAUGAUCAAUACUGAAAGAGUCAACAGUGUCGAAUUAGUUCGUGGAAUAAAAAAGCGGAUUAUGUUGAAGAAUCCUAGGGUCCAGUACCUCUCGCUAGUACUGCUUGAAACAUGUGUUAAGAACUGUGAGAAGGCUUUCUCAGAGAUAGCUGCAGAAAGAGUUCUUGAUGAGAUGGUGAAGCUGAUUGACGAUCCUCAGACUGUUGUUAAUAAUCGCAAUAAGGCUUUGAUGCUGAUCGAAGCAUGGGGGGAAUCGACCGGUGAGCUCCGCUAUUUGCCUGUUUACGAGGAAACAUACAAGAGUUUAAGAUCAAGGGGUAUUCGGUUCCCUGGUCGUGACAAUGAGAGUUUGGCACCAAUUUUCACUCCCCCACGUUCGGUUUCAGCUUCUGAGUCAGAUGCUAGCCUUUCCCAGCAAAUUCCGCUUGAUAUUCCUGUGCAAGGCUUUACGGCUGAACAAACAAAGGAAGUAUUUGAUGUUGCAAGAAACAGUAUUGAGCUUCUUAGUACCGUUUUCUCCUCUUCAACCCAACAAGAUGCUUUACAGGAUGACUUGACAGCCACACUUGUACAACAAUGUCGUCAGUCUCAAUCCGCCGUCCAGAGAAUUAUAGAGACAGCUGGAGAAAACGAGGCCUUGCUGUUUGAAGCGUUGAAUGUGAAUGAUGAGAUCCAUAAAGUUCUAUCCAAGUAUGAAGAACUGAUGAAGCCUUUGGUAGUUCCGACUGAGCCAGAACCUGCAAUGAUACCCGUUGCUGUGGAGGCUGAUGAAUCACCGAGUCAUGGGAAAGAGGAUUCCUUGAUUAGAAAACCAGCUGCUUCUCGAGGUCUGGUCCAUGCAGGGAGCCAUGAUGACAUGAUGGAUGAUCUGGAUGAGAUGAUAUUUGGCAAGAAAGGUGUAAGUUCUUCUGAAGGAAGCCAAGAUCCGAAGAAACAGCAGCCGGCAGCAAAGGAUGACCUGAUCAGCUUUUGAGAGGGUGUAAAUGUAUUAUUCCAUGUACUUGGACUGGAGAGCUUUGCUGGGGUGAAUACCAGGCUAUUUAGAUGUUGAUUAUUUGAGACGCCGCUGAAGUUUGAUGUUUGAAAAAUUUCACCUUCAUGAACAUAAUUGUCGUUUUUUUUUUCUCCUUCCCUGUUCUUCUCAGUACAUUGACCUGCACACAAAACAUUUUGUGUAAAAGUAAUUAUUAUCAAAUUUGGAUGCACAGUAAUCUGAUGGACACUAAUAAAAUAUAUUAUUCUA